ACACGUUUUGCCACGAUCGGACGUGCAUUUUUAUUGUUCCCUUCUCCGUCAAUUGAAGAAAACCAAACCCCCCCAAAAAAAAUAUUAAGGUAGAAAGGCAGCAAUGCAUUGCUUCCGGAAAUGAAACGAAUACAAUUAGUUUCUGUAAAAUCAUAUCUGGUAAAUCUCAAGACUGUUUUCCAUUUCCAUUUCUAGUUUCGAUUUCGAUUCCAAACCAACACAAAGAAAAUGGCCUCCACUCGUUCCUUCGAACCCGAGAUCGGACCCGAUGGACUCCCCAGGGAAUCUCCUGUUAUCGCCUACACUGAGAAGAUAAUCGAGGAAGAGCGGGUUCAACUCAAGAAAUACAUAGAAGAAAAUUAUUCUAAAAUCCGUGAUGUUGAAAGAGAACUAGCAAAUCUUACAAUGGAGAUGAAACUCACUGCUGGGCCUAAAAAAGCAGCCCUUGAACAUAUGAGAAAGAAAAUUGAAAUGUCAACUGAGAGAAUACGUAGUGCUAAGCAGAAGGAAGAACAAGCACGAAAAACUUGGGAAGCGGCAGUGAAGGCGUUGAAUGAUGAGGAAGCAAUAAAGCAGAAGUUAUGUGAGGACUUAAAAAAUCUGGUUCAAGAAAGUAGUAAUUCUCAGUUUGCUCGACUUGAAGAGUUGAAAAGGCGGUUGGAAGCUCUGAACCCAAGUAGGUCAUCCACUUUGUCUUCUCAUGACAAGAAAGCUGUUGGAGAAGCACAGGGUGCUGCAGUUAUAGAUUCUUCCUCGGUGCCUGAAACAACAAAUCCAGGCUGUACUGUUUCCGACAAUGCACCUAAUGUAGAUAAUAGUGGAAGUGUUGCAGCAAUUAAUACGAAGAAUCAACUGUCCACGAAUGAUGGAGAAGUAAAAGGGAAGAAGAGUCAUUAUCAAGGAAGAGGAAAAGGGAUUGGUGCCGUGCCCAAGGGUAGAGGAUCUACAGCGCCCGGGUGGACAGGAUCGGGGUUCGACGUGGAUGGUAGAACCUAGAAGGCAUUUCAGAUCUUCUCUUUCUUCGCUGAAGGAUCAAGACAAACUAUCAUGUACGAGGUAUCCUGUUAUUUCAUCUCUACCCAUGUUUGUAACCUUUUUCAAUUGCAUAUAACUUGUUGAUUUGGCUCUUUCUUAUUACCGGAACAGAAUAGUGUCAUUAGUAUCGUCUCCGUGCAGGAUAUCAUUUAGAAUCCAUCUCUUUUAAAGAA